CAGAUCUCAAUUCAACGUCCGGGUCGAUGAAUAAAAGCGGAUAUUGUGAUCAGAUUGGCCCCAGGUCUGAUAACAAGGUCUGUCGCCGAAGGGCGGAAGAGCCCAGGAUGCGUCGACUCGCAACUGUGCUUCGUGCGAUUGUCCUACGCUGCCAUGUGGAUUUAGCCCUCGCUCAUCUCCACGCUCGAUUAGUCACGCCUUCAAUCCACUUGGGCUUUGCUUUGCACCGAGAACAACACCCAUUUGAGCAAAAUUGUCUCUUGUGGGAUUGCGCAGGUGGAUAGGUGGAGUUCAUUCAUGGGCUCGGCAAUGGGCGUCGACAGGAGAUCGACGGUGAUUGCAAGCAUUGCAUUGGAUUUCUAUGGUUUUGGUUUGCGCUGCUUGGAGGCGAAGGCUGAGAGUAAUCUGCGCAAAGGCUUUUGAUUGUGUAUCUCUCCAUGUCGAAUUCCGCGUCGUGGCGUGUGUGAGGUUCUCGGCAGUGGACGCUUUCGAUUGCCGUUGCUUUGUGACGUGGCGGUUUUUAUUUCAAACGAUUGUCGCGAGGUAGUUAUGGCCAAUGGCCGGGGCUGUUUCUUCUUGGUAUCGAGAGGAGUGCAAGGAAAAUCGAGCACGCUGGAGAAUUGUGUUUCGUAACAUAUAUGAUCAAGCACAGCGGCAUUGAGGAAAGCUGCUGCUAGCUCCAUCCUAAUGAAGGGUGGGCUGACAAACCCCCUCUAUCGUCCCGUUCAAUCAGAACGAGUUAGUAUCAACUCUCUCACUGCACCUUCGGCCGCCUGUUAUUACAUGUCUUCUAUCCGUCUACCGACAUCGUUACAAUUGUUGGCCCUUAAGCAAGCAUCCUCAGGCAGUCAAUUUUCUCGACCCUUUGCAAGUUCAAAGGGUUUCCCUCAGAAAUUCAGCUACAGAAAAAGCCUUUUGCAGGGUGAUGGCGCAGCUCUACGAGGGAGGUGGUUGAAGAGACUGGACACGGGUUUGUUCAAACGAAGGAUUGUUUGUAGUUCGGAGCGUCCACUCUCAAAUGAAUCGCCAAUCGCAGUUACGAGUGGCACCCAGAUGGAAGAGAAUGACAGUGGGAGGAGUGAAACCUUCAUGCUUGAUGAUGCCAUUGAGCAGGUUGGCUUUGGGAAAUACCAACGAUGGCUGCUGGCUUAUGCUGGCAUGUCAUGGACAGCGGAAGCAAUGGAAAUGAUGCUGCUUUCAUUUGUAGGUCCUGCAGUGCAAGUUGAAUGGCAACUGACUGGACGGGAAGAGAGCUUAAUCGCCAGUGUAGUCUUCGGAGGCAUGAUGAUUGGAGCGUACUCUUGGGGUGCCCUUUCUGAUGCAAAGGGUCGACGGGUUGGGUUUUUUGCAACCGCAGUUUUGACUUUCGCCGCUGGCCUGUUGAGUGCAAUAUCUCCGAAUUAUGGUGUUCUUAUACUACUUCGGGGGUUGGUUGGGGUUGGCCUCGGUGGGGGUCCUGUUGUCUCUGCCUGGUUCAUGGAGUUCGUGCCAUCUGCCAAUCGAGGACUCUGGAUGGUCGUCAUCUCCUUGUUCUGGACACUUGGUUCGAUUUUAGAGGCAUCACUAGCGUGGUUGGUGAUGCCAACUUUGGGCUGGAGGUGGCUUCUAGGCCUUUCAUCGGUGCCCCUUGCGAUCUUGCUCCUAUUUUAUUCUGUAGUCCCCGAAAGUCCUCGCUACUUGGCUUCCAAAGGGGAGACUGAGAAAGCCUUCAAGAUUCUUCAGCAGAUGGCGAAGGUUAACUGUAAGCCACUGCCAAAAGGGAGAUUAGUGCAAGCACAGCCGUUGCUUGGAGACCCUGAUAGCAUAAAUACAUCAGCUUCUGCGGUGAAUGUAGAAAUGAGUGAUUUCGCCCUCACAAGAGCUGUGGACGAGACUCGUCUUUUGGAUCGCACUGGCAAUAACGGAAAUCUAGAUGUUGCGAAGAAGACCACCACCUCAAGUCUAGAACAAGUAUUGUCAAAUUUCCGCUCCCUCCUGUCGCCACCACUGCUCUCAUCCACACUUCUUCUUUGGUCUGUUUUCUUCGCCAAUGCAUUUACGUACUACGGGCUCGUGUUGCUAACUUCCCAAUUAAGCGGUGGAGGUACCGAUUGCAGGCCCGAGGAAGCUGCUAAUACAAUCUCAGCAGCAUCAGACAGCGGCCAGUUGUAUCGGAAUGUUUUUAUCUCCAGCAUUGGAGAGCUUCCAGGGCUGGCAGUGGCUGCAUACAUUGUCGACAGAUGGGGCAGGAAGCUCUCCAUGGCAACACUGUUCACACUGUGUGGUGCUUCCCUUUUGCCUUUAGUUCACAACCAACCAGCAGAUCUCACCACCUUUCUUCUCUUUGGUGCUCGUGCUUGCAUCAUGGGCGCGUUCACCGUCCUCUACAUUUACGCUCCUGAGGUGUACCCAACCAGCAACCGUUCUACGGGACUUGGUAUAGCAAAUGCAAUUGCGAGGGUAGGAGGCCUGCUGUGCCCAGUGGUAGCAGUGGAACUGGUUCGAAGCUGUCAACAAGGACUCGCAGUCUCCCUCUUCACAGCAGUGCCGGUGCUUGCAGCAGCGGCGGUCAUGCUCUUCCCUGUGGAGACACAAGGAAAGUCUCUGACUGAUGUGGUCGAUGAAUCUUCCUCCCAGUAGUAGCAGCAGCUGCCAUUGCAAUUGCUUCGCUGCUUUUGAGACACAGAUCUUGUCAUGAUCUGCGUGUCUCGGUGGGGUUGCUCUGAGAAUACUCCAUCACCUGGGCGUCAGUUUCUUCGAUGUGGGGUGCCAACCACCGGCAAUGUCAUGCAACAUGUGCUUCAUCCCACCAAACGAUCAAGGCUCUUGGUGAGGAAGCAAACUCUGAAGGCUGUGGCUUUACUGGAGGAGGCUCUGACUUGAUGAGGGAGAUGCUUGAGUUAGCCUGAAGUUUCUGUGUCUAUUUUUAUUUUAUAUUAAAUCCAUGUGUUUUUUUUUUUUUUUCGUCAUA